AUGGGGAAAACAGCAGUUUCAUCUUCAUUUCAACAACAACAACAACAACUGCAACAAGAAAGACAACCUACUAGUUCAUCAUCACCAUCCACUCAAUCUCAGCAACAUCAUAUUCAACAAUCAUCUUCUAGUCAACAAUUUAUAAGACCAUCUACUACAAAAUCUCCAAAAACUAAAGAUCAUCAUCUUCCUUUGUCCACUUUAACCUCAGGUGGUAAUGAUGAUAAUAAUAGCAACAACAGAUUUUUAUUUAGCAAUUUAAACAACACUAAUAACAACAACACUAAUAGUAUACCUGGUGAUUAUAACACUAGUCAACAAAACUCAACUUAUACAUUAUCCUCAUCGAAGAACUACAACCAUCAUCAUAACCAUCAGCCAAGUUUUAGUUCACCUUCAUAUAACAGCAACUUUACGUAUACUACAUCUAAUCAGUUAAAAAGUCCGAUAUUUACCAAUACCCAACAACAAACAGCUACUGAUUCAGACUCAUCAACUACUGCUUAUUUGAAUUUCAAAAACAAUAUGAUGAACUAUCCUCCUAAUCAACAGCCACAGGCGCAACAACAUCCCCAUCCUCAGCAGCAUGGAAUUCCACUACCUUCUUCCAUAAACCCUAAUUCAACUACAAAUGCAAAUCAUCUUCAGUUUCAACAAUACCAACAAUCAUUGUUGAAUCCUCAACAACAACAGCAGCAACAACAGCAGCAACAACAACAACAACUACAAGCUCAACAACAAUACAUGCAACAACCAAUUAGGCCUCGUGGAGACUCUAUUGUAUUACCUCCUCCUAUUCGUCUGCAGGGCAGCGAUCAUUUAUAUGAAAGUACAUCUGGUAGUAAUCAAUUACCAUCUACUUCAAGAUCUAAUAGUAUUUUUAGUUCAUUGAUAAAUAUCCCCGGAUCAAACGGUAACUCAAUAAGUGAACCAUCUAGUUCAUCAAACAAACAAGAUAACAAUCACAACAACAAACCAUCAUCAUCUAAUGCUCCACAAUUGCCACCAACUUCGCGUUCGCGUCAAGUUUCUACUCAAGAUUUUACUGUCGAAGAUUUGGAAAAUUUUUUGAAUAGAGAGAGUAUGAAUAACAUAUUUAAUUGGCAGAAUGAUUCUAAUAAAUUCUCCAUAAGUGGAGCACUUAUGGGUAAUGGUGGAUUUGGUGGAUAUAAAUCUAAAGGUAAUUCACUUGAUUUGUCCAACUGGAAUGAUGCUGGUAAUAAUCAUAAUAAUAAUAGCAACAAUAGUAUAACGGAGUUACUUCAGAAUAUGAUUUCAAAUGGUUCCAUUGAUGUUAAUAGUUUUUCAAAUAUGAGUAACCAACAAAGAAGAGAUUCCAUAUUGAAGAUUAUAAAUGAUCAAAAUGCCCUACGAAGUCAAAGAAGUUCAUCUGACCAAUCACGAAACUCAAAUCUUAAUGCUAAUUUAAGAGAAGAUAUAUUUGAAAAGAAGAAACAGCAACAACAACAACAACAACAAAGACAACCACCUCAAAUCAAUGUACAAUCCACACCAACCCAACAGAAACAAUCUCCUAACAUAAGGAAAUCUCCUCACCAACAACAACAGCAACAACAGCAACUUCAUUCUCCAAAUCAGCAACGUUCACGUACAUCACAACAUCAGCAAUCAAAUAGUUUGAAUAUCCCAAGAGAUAAAGAUAAUGUUUCGCCAACAUCAUCAGCUAAUACAUCUCCAAGAUAUCAAGAUGAACCACAAUCUCCAAAAGCAUCUCCUGUGGCAUACCCUAAUAUGAGAUUGAAUGAAUCUUUCCAAACAAACAUUUACCAACAGCAACAAUCUCAGCAACAACAACAACAACAGCAGCAAAGACCGUUACCUCAACAAGGCCAAGGUCAACAGAGAGUGUUUCAAAACUAUCCUGUAUCUCCACAAAAUCAAUAUCAAUAUUCUGCUUAUCCUAAUUAUAAUCCAUCUUUAGGCUAUAGCAAUUUCUCAUCUCAACAACAUCAACAAUUUCCAGGUAACAGGAACAAUAGUUUUGGUAAUUACAUUUAUCCAGUUCAAACUCAACAACAACCAAUGCCACCACAACUGCAGCAACAACAAUAUUAUGCACAACAAAUGGUUGCACCUCAACAACAACAACAAUUCAUUCCACCUGCUGUAACAACCAAACCUCAAGUUGGUUUAGCUCAACAAGCACAACCACAGCAGCAACAACCACAGCAACAGCAACAGCAACCUCAACAACAACAACAACAACAGCUUCAACAACAACCGCGCCAGCAAUUGCAACCACCAAUGAAAUCACCACAACAGAAACAACAAAAGGCUCCUGCUAAGAGAACUAGAAGACCUAGAAAGGGAUCAAAUACUAGUUCUAAUAGUAGUGCAGUUAGUGGGAAGACGUUGGGUUCUCCAAGUAAUCCUAACUUGGUUCCGGCACAACAAUUUGCACAAUCUGAAGAUGGUCGUCCAUUAUUGGGUGCUACUAAAGUUGACCAGUUGAUGUUGGUAAUUCAAGCAAGAGAAAAAGGGAUCACCAAUACCAUUGAACAAGCUCCUGAUGGAAGUAUAUUGGCGUCACCGGAGAAUUUCGGUUUGGGAAGAAGUAAAGCAGAAUUGGACAGUGGGAUUUUACCUAGACCUGUUAGUUUGGUUGGUGGAGUUGACAAGCCUCACAAGAAAGAUGAUGAAGAAACUGAAGUUGAUGGAAGUCAUCAUCAUAAGAGAAGAAAAAACAAGAAUCAACAAUGUCCUUAUUGUUUCAAAUAUUUUACUCAAUCUACCCAUUUAGAGGUGCAUAUAAGAAGUCAUAUAGGCUACAAACCAUUUGAAUGUCUGUAUUGUGGACGUAAGUUUACUCAAGGUGGUAAUUUAAGAACUCAUUUGAGACUUCAUACUGGUGAAAAGCCAUUUACGUGCAAUGUUUGUAAUAGAUCCUUCAACAGAAAGGGUAAUCUUGCAGCUCAUAAAUUAACUCAUGAGAAUUUGAAACCAUAUGAAUGUAAAUUGGACAAUUGUGAUAAAAGUUUCAGUCAACUUGGUAAUUUGAAACUGCAUCAAAAUAGGUUCCAUUUGGAAACAUUGAAUACCCUUACAAAAACAAUUGCAAAUAAUUUACCAUUUGAAGAUCAAGAAUUGUUGGCAUAUUUCAAAGAUCUAUACAAGAAUUCUAAUAAAGGAAUUCGUGGAAGAGGGAAAACACAGAAGGAAGGUUAA